AUGCCUCUCCAGAUGAGCUUUACUAUGAAGCCCCCAAACUCUGGUACUGGACUUGGCGGUGCAUCUCUCGCUGACGAAACCCCUGACUAUGGAUGGGCAAAAAAGGAAAAAGGCAUCAGUAACAUGCCAUCACUGAUCCCUGAACUGGCCUCUCCGAAAAUAAUGCAGGGUCGUCGUACACUUAACAAGCAAGAUAUAUGCGAAGCAUCGCUAUCAGAGGGCUACAAGUUUUCACACAGAGAUCCACCUCGCCCUGGCCAAUUUACCAAUAUUCCGCAGCACAGUCUGUUUACAAAGCCCCUGAGUUCUCCGCCUCCAGAGCCAAGUCGAGAUCUACCCGGCUCACCACCAAAGGACAGAAUCACGGAUUGGAUGGCCAGAGCCUCACCUUUGGACUUGCCAGAGAUAUGCCUCCCAGACAAAUCAAGAAGCAUAGAUGCUGCUCAUAAGCAUGGAGGCGAAACGGAGGAGGAUCAAAGAACUAAUGAUUUACAGGAGUCGAGAUUAUUCAUGUCCCCUGGUAUUACCAAGCCCAAAGACCUACCUGGCUCUAAGAGUUGCUCACCAAAAGACGCCGGCAAGACGGAUAAGAACACCAGGCUGAUAUCGCCACCAAAGCUUGCACCUUUGCCCACACAAAGUCACCACAAUAGUCUAUCGAAAGCCAUUGAUCACAAAUUGGUCACUGGUGAACAAGAUGAUGUGCAUAGUGCGCCGCGGAAGCAACCAACGGUGAACAAGACAAAGAGCCCAAGUCCAGUACGCCAAUCAACUCCUAGCAUCUGUGGCGAUCUGGAAGUUCCUACAUACCGCAGUCCCGCGAGAUCUCGGCCUCAACACUCAACAGAUUUUGCAUGCAGGCCGAUGAUUUCCAGUUCUACCAGAGCACAUAAGCAGCGAUCCCACCGGCGAUCCGGCUCCAACACGAGUAGCAACAUAUCCAAGAAACGGUCGCGCACUUACAAAUCCCCAUCCAAAGUCGACCUAAGACUCAGAAGAUUGGUAAUGGAAAAGGUUGCCCAAAAUUGGAACGAAUGUAUCCAAGCUGUGCAGGACGAAGCUUACGAAAUGGUUAAAGGGCUCAAACAUGAGCUCCAACUUCAAGAGGCGGAACAUAAACAGACAUGCAAUCUGCUGAACGAGAAAGAUGUGAAGCUAUGUGAGAUCGAGAAGCUUUACAAUACGCUGGUUGAAGAUAAUACCCGAGUGACCAGGGAGAAUGAGGGUUUGGCUUCUGACCUCACAUCUCUGCGCGAACAAUUGUCUGAAGAGAAGAAGCAAGAGAAACUUGCUCAUGAUAAGUGUGAUACUUACCGGCACAAGCUUAAUGAAACUAUCAGGGAGCAAGGGGUUCUCUAUCGGCGUGCACAAACGUACUACCAAGACACGAUGAAUCAACUGCGAGAUGAAAUUGCCCACAAAACAGCGUCAUCGGAGGCCAUCGAUGAGGCUUUGAAAAACAGCCUCAAGAUACGAGAGGAGAUGAAAAGAUGCACGGAGGAGUACCGUAUGAAAAUGGAGAAGGAUGUUGAAAAGAGGGACCAAGUUAUAUCGGAGCUGAAGGAAAAGCUGGCGCUCCAAGAAGCUUUGCUGGCUCAGGAGAAAUCAUUUGCCGAUAAGCUGCGAGCUCAAACUGAAGAUAAGGGUGCAACACAGCAAUUAGACUCUCUGCUCGCAGGCGGAAAUCUGCUCGCGUCCAAGAUGCUUUCACCGGACACUCUUGACCUCAAACUGGCUGUCGCCGAAAAAAACAUCAUUGAUAGCAUGCUGCCCGCGGUUCUUUCGCUGAAAAAUGGGCAAAGUGAUGUUGCAAUUGCAAUGUCGCAGUUGGAGGCAUCAAUCAGACAAGAUCUUGACCACUUCAAAGACGAGGCAAGCAAGAUAAUAAGUGCAUUGGAAGAAAAUAAGGAAGGGAGUAAUUUGCGAAACCGUGAGCUUCUAAGCCACGCACAAGCCUUUGACAGCAAUCUGAAGAAAGCAGAGGGCUGUUAUGAACAUAUGGGCCAAAAACUUGAUGUCAUAUCGGCCAAUGGACAAAGCAACCAGCGCGAGACAAUCAGUAUGCUGCAAGACUUCUUGCAGAAGGUUUCAGCGCGUGAGAUUAACCCUGAGGACCUGGAGCGCCAGCUUCAAAAAGGGCAUGAAGACUUCAUGAAAAAGGCUGAGGCACUGAUAUCCGAGGCACUGAACAAUAGAAAAGAAACAACAGAUGUUGUAAGGCGCGCUACUGACGAGCUUCGAGCCACUUUGGAGCAGGGAUUUGGACAGGAGAGAGAGAAGACAGCCCAAAUGCUCCAAGGAAGCGAAAGUUUGUUGAAGGUCUUGACAGCUCAUAUCGACGAACAGAAGCAACUCGCGACGCAAACUGACCAUAAAUCUUCCGAGUUACAAGCGACAUUGGAAAGCGAGCGCGAGGCAGCCGCUGAACUAGGACGCAAAAUUCAGGAACUUGAGCAGAAAUCUCAAGAGACCGAAAAUCUCCGUGACCGGUGGCUUAAAGAUGUCAAAAUGAUUGACAAAGUGCGGCCACAGAUCAAGGCCAUCGAGAUGCGAAUUCCGCAGGUCGAAAAUUACGACAAAAAACUAGACAGGAUUGUGGAGAUCAGCAGAUCUAUACAAUCAUCCGCCAGCUAUUUGGCAACAGAAGAGGAAUGGGUUCAAUUAGAGCUCGCAGGCAUUAUCCCGAAGCCAGAUGCCUCAGAGCCAGUGGCAUCUUGUGAAAUUACCACAGCGCCACUACCUCAUUUCGUCGAAUCCAACGUCGUGGCAGAAAAGCAGGCAUCGAUCAAGGAAGAUGCCAUAAGCCGCAAAGUUACUGUUCACAGUCCUGAUCCAGGUGAGGUCUCACCUUCACCUCCACUAACUGUGAUUCAAGAGCAAAAGCGUCGUCGUGAAGUCACUCAACUCAGAUCGAUUCUUAAGAGCCAUGCCCUUCAUAGUGCCGUCGAACCAGACAGCCUGGAAGGCCAAUAUACUCGACCACCGGCCAAUCAUGGCAAGGCCAACCAAGCCUCGAGCGACUCUCUCAACAAGCCGGCAUCUGCUUCGGCGAAGGAAGUUGUUGCUGAAAUUCGCUCGAGGAUGAUUCAGCAUGACUGGAGUUUCCCGACUGUAGCUGACUUCGAGCGGGACAUUGAAUUAAGCAGCAAGAAAAGACACGCGCCUCAGGGCAACCCAGUGUCUUUGGAAUCCAUUGACGCUGACCAUCGGGAUAUGAAGAAGCUCAGAACCGAGUAUUUCAUCGAGUAA